CAAUCUGAAACCAAGGGCAUCUGGAUGUGUUGUGUACCCCACCCCUCCAAGAGAAACCACACCCUCGUUCUUCUGGACACUGAGGGCUUGGGUGACGUGGAGAAGGGAGACCCUAAGAAUGACUCGUGGAUCUUUGCCCUGGCUGUGCUUCUGAGCAGCACCUUGGUCUACAACAGCCUGGGCACCAUCAACCACCAGGCCCUGGAGCAGCUACACUAUGUGACUGAACUCUCUCAGUUAAUCAGGACAAGAGCUUCCCCCACAUCUGAUGAAGCAGAGGACCACACAGAAUUUGUGCAUUUUUUCCCAGAUUUUGUUUGGGCUGUACGGGAUUUCAGCCUGGAGCUGAAGUUACAGGAACGCCACAUCACGGAAGAUGAGUACUUGGAGAAUGCCUUGAAGCUGGUUCCAGGAGAGAAUCCCAGAAUCCAAACUUCCAACAUGACUAGAAAGUGCAUCAGAGAUUUCUUUCCAAAACGAAAGUGCUUUGUCUUUCACCGACCUACAAAUGACAACAGUCUGUUAGCUCACAUUCAGGACGUGUCAGAAGAUGAAUUGGAAUCCGCUUUCAAGUCCCAAUCAGAACAAUUCUGCUCCUAUAUCUCCACUCGUGGAAAGGUCAAGACCUUGGGGUCAGGAGUCACUGUCACCGGAAAGCGACUGGGCUGUCUGGUAGAGAUGUACGUGAAUGCCAUCAACAGUGGAGCAGUGCCUUGCCUGGAGAACGCAGUGACAACUUUGGCUGAACGUGAGAACACUGCAGCUGUGGAGAAGGCAGCCACCCACUACAUGGCACAGAUGGCUGAGCGAGUGAUGUUCCCCACAGACACACUCCAGGAGCUGCUGGACGUGCACACAGCCUGUGAGAAGGGAGCCAUUGAAGUAUUCAUGGAGCACUCCUUCAAGGAUGAGAACCAGAACUUUCAGAAGACUCUCAUGGAAACCAUAGAGAAGAAGAAGGAAUAUUUCUUGCAACAGAAUGAAGAAGCAUCUUCCAAGUAUUGCCAGACUAAGAUUAAGAAGCUUUCCGAGUCCCUGAUGGAAAAUAUUUCAAGAGGAACUUUCUGUGUUCCUCAAGGCCACAAACUCUACCAAGAAGCAAGAAGAAAGGUUGAACAGGACUAUAAACUGGUGCCCAGGAAAGGAGUAAAGGCAAAUGAGGUCCUCCAGUGCUUCUUAGAGUCACUUGAAGCAACAGAAAAAUUCAUCCUGAAUGCAGACAAGGCUCUCACUGACAUGGAGAAGACCUUAGAAGCUAAGAAUACCAAGAGGGAGGCAAUGGAAGAUCAACACAGAAUAGCCCAAGAAGUCAUCAUCCACGUAAAGGAGAAUUGGGAAAAGGAAAAAGAGACCCUCCUGAGACAGCAGGAAAAGCUGAUAGAGCAAAAGCUGAGAGAGCAGGAAGAGGUGCUGAAACAAAAGCUGAAGGUUAUAGAAGGAAUGCUCAACAAAGAAUUAAAAACUAUAAAGGAAGUAAUUGAAGAGCUAAAUCGACGAAUUACAGAGUUUGGAAACAAUGAAAAUAGUGAUUUUUUCUCAUGGAUUCUAAAUAAUAAUGUAAUUAUUUCAGAUUUCUUUUGGAAAGCUAAGAAACUAUUUAACUAGGCAUUUUUUUAAAAAUGAAUUUUUAAAAAGCAAGUAAUUUAAAUAAUUUGGAUUAUAAAGGUCACAGUAAAUGCAUGAUAAUUCCUAGAACACAGUUCUAAUCAAUUUUUUUGUUACUAUUAUAUUAACACAAAACAACAAUUUUCAAUGUGGUUCACUAAUACAAUUGUAAUAAUGUCAUCAUAUUCCUGUGCCUCCUCUCUCCUCUCCCUUCCUUCUUUUCUUUUCUCCUUCCUUCCUUUUUUCCUCUCUCUCUCUUUGACUUUUUGUCUUUUUUAUCUUGACUUCCUUCCACCCUACUUUUCUUUCUUUCUUGAGACAUGAAAAUUUUAAUUUGCAUUAUAAUUAAAGCUUGAUAAUGUUUUU